AUGGCCUCGGACGCCUCCUGCAGCUGCUCCUGCCUCUGCAGCGGGAUGAGGAGGCAGCACUCGGGCCUCCUCCUCCACCGCCGGACGCUGCUCCUCCUCCCGCUGCUCCUCCUGCUCUCCCUGUGGAGCCAGCAGGCCCAGGCCGUGGUCCACUCCAGCUUCCGCCGGCUCAGCGGCCGCGAGAAGAAGGAGAUGCAGAAGGAGAUCCUGUCCAUCCUGGGUCUGCCCGGGCGCCCCCGACCCCACCCGCCGCUGCGGCCCCCCUCCUCCGCCCCCCUCUUCAUGCUGGACCUGUACCACGCCAUGUCGGCGGACGGCGAGGACGACGGGAACGAGAUCAUCCUGAGCGCAGCGGCGGGGGGCAUGGGGAGGUAUGGGGGGGCGGAGAGGUUGGCUCAGGUCAACCACGCGGCCCUGCCCACCCUCAGCACGCACACCCCCCCGCUGGGGACGGUGGUCAGCGAGGCCGACACCGUGAUGAGCUUCGUCAACGUGGUGGAGCAGGAGCGGGACCUCCUGCAGCCCCGGCCCUACUGGAAGGAGUUCCGCUUCGACCUCACCCCCCUCCCCCAGGGGGAGACGGUGACAGCUGCCGAGUUCCGGAUCUACAAGACGCUGACGAUGGGUCAGAGGGCGAAUCGGACGCUGCACAUCUCGGUGUACGAGAUCCAGAGAGAGAACAGACACAGGGAGCCGGAGCUGGUGCUGCUGGACAUGCAGUCGGUGCCGGCCGGUCAGGAGGGCUGGCUGGCCUUCGACGUCUCCUCCGCCUCCAACCACUGGCUCCUCCACCCGCGCAGCAACCUGGGGAUCCGCCUGUACGUGGAGACCGAGGAGGACCGCUCCCUGUCCGCGGGCUGGAUCGGCCUGGUGGGCCGCCGGGGGCCGCGCUCCAAACAGCCCUUCAUGGUGACCUUCUUCAGGGAGAGCCAGGUCCCGUGCCGGCCCCCCCGAGCCGUCAAGCCCCACCCCCGCAGGAAGAAACCCAAAUACGACCUCCCAGUGCCAAGCAUUCACAAUCGGAGUCCGGCCAACAGCGGGGGUCAGCCGUGUAAAAAGCACGAACUGUACGUGAGCUUCAGUGACCUGGGAUGGAAGGACUGGGUUCUGGCUCCGACUGGAUAUUCGGCCUACUACUGUGACGGAGAGUGUUUCUAUCCUCUGGGCUCCUGCAUGAACGCCACCAACCAUGCCCUCAUCCAGCAGGUGGUUCACCUCCUGAAGCCGGACGAGGUUCCGAAGGCGUGUUGCGCUCCCACGAAGCUCAGCCCGAUCUCCGUCCUGUUCUACGACGACAACAACAACGUGAUCCUGAAGAAGCAUCGGAACAUGGUGGUGAAGACCUGCGGCUGCCUGUGA